AUGGCCGUUUGUCGUCCAAAGCCUCACCGUCAUGAGGCAUCAACCUCCCUCACGCAAGAAAAAUCCCCUUCAAUUCUGCAGCCGGUCACAAUCAUCUGUGAGCCUUGGAUGAACACGGGAUGGCAACAUCCUCAUCAAACUAGACAGCUCAACCUAUAUCUUCCUGCCCUGCCUCCCAUGUUGGUGCUGCCCGGACACCGACACCUCAUGCAGCAAAAUUUCUGCCACCCACACUCCCUACAUUUCUCCAAUGAUCCUAUCACUCGUCAUCUCACCAGCUUGCAAAAAAGGCCUAUAUCCAACAAUCUUCAACUGCUACAUUAUACCAACCCGCCAGGACAACCUCAGCAAGAUCUUGGAGGCUGCCGAGCUGGAUGUAGGACUCGAAGUAUUACAGUUGAAUGCAUGCACUUUGAUGCAAUUGACAUCAUUGCAUGCCCUUGUUUCCCUGCCCCCCUCCAGCUCCUCUAUCGCAGUCUGUUUCCAUGCGCUCCUGUCACUCCCUCACUCACAGUGGACUUGCGCAUUAUAGAGUUCGUCCAUCUGCUCUUUGUACGUCAGUCUCCCAACCAAACCGCAUGGUGCGAUGCGGUGGAAACCUUUCUAGAUGGAAUGGGAUACAAGUUGUCAUGCAAGGGCCAGGCACAUCUCCCACCAAUCGAUCAGCCCAGUGAAUACCUUUGUUCUCGUUGCCUGCUGUGUUUCGGAGGAAAUACUUACCACAGAUCAGAUGAUCAUUCUAUCCCAGACAUUAUCAUUUGCAUAGAUGCUUGUUUUACCCAAAAAUGUUCAACUAAUCCUCAUGGUGCUGACAGUAUUGACCCUCCUAAUCCAACUCCAAUGUUCUUUCUAUCAAACGACAAUGUCAAAGCGAUGGAGGAUUUCAUACAGAGUUGUCAUGGAGAGAGACAUCGAGCACGGGCCUCUAGAGCGGAAGGUGAUGAGGAUCACUAUGAAGAAGGGAUGCAUGUGCCAGUGUCUGUGUUGAACGGAUGUGGAGAAUCCUUUGUAGCUGCAGAUGAAAAGCGUGAAAAGGCAAGCCUGAUGGCCCUGCUAUGUAGACAUGACUGUGUCCUCUGGCUUGUCAACCUCACAUCAGUGGGAGAAAAGCACCACUAUGCCCUCACUCUCUUGGACCGCUUUUUCAAGCAUUUGCCCCCUUGGAUGACUAUAGGACUUCUCUAUGACAUUGGGAAGCGUGAGGGUUUUGGGCUGUCUGAUGGUAAGGGUUGCGAACGGCUGUGGAGUUCUCUUAAGCAACUCAUCCCAUCGUUACAGGUUUCUGGAACGAAGAAGAACGCAGCUCUGGACAGUUUACUCGACUUAGACAUUGAUGAGGAUAUGCUUCGUGCUGAGUGGAAGGCGCAAAUUGCUCACCAGACACGACCCACCCCACGGCAAUCCAAGAACAAAGCGGCGGAGGUCAUUACAACUAUCCUUGCGCUGGAGAAGACCCUGGAUGCUUAUGAGAUAUCUGUCCAUGAGCUAAAGAUGCAGCUUUAUGUAGGCAGUGUUUCUAAUAUUGCGGAGCUUAAUUUGCAGCUCUCCAAUGCUCAGUUACAACGUGCCAAAACUGCUGAUACCCUUCGAUGUUGUAAAGCUGCUCUUGGAAUGCAAGAAAAGGCCGAUCUUGAGAAGAUGAAGAGCGAUACUUAUCUGACAGUCCGCUUGAAUGCUCAUGCGGCGAAAAUUUGUAUUCGGGACCAUCUCCCUCAAUGCAAGUUUGAAUUGGAGAGGCUGGGGAGAUUGUAUCGAGCAACAGUUAAUGAACCCGGGGUUCUCAAAUUGGUCUCCACUUACAACGGCCUAUGUACUCAGUUGCGGUCUCUGAUACGCCAGCAGAGAGCUCCCCCUUCUGCUGUUCCACCUCGCCCUAUUAUACGUGAGGGCAUCUUUCUACUCGACAUCAAUGAUGAGAUCUGGCAAGAUAUUGGCCUGGACGAAGACGGUAUAAACCCACCAGCAUGGUUAUUGGAUGAGGCCACCAGGUCUGGUAUUCAUUUACAGCUUGAAGUGGAUCGGUGCGUUGAAGAAGAAACUCAUUUGAUGCGAGAGCGGACCAUCAUGCAGGAGUGGAUGUUUGCAGAGUGGGAGGCCAUACAAACUGUGUUGAGGGAUGCGGGUAUGUCUAGUCUCAGUAUACAGUGA